CCCCAAAGUCACGACCUUUCAAGAAGAGGCCAAGGGCUCAGAGCCUCCCGGACCAAGUCCUGAAGCAUGUUAUCCUCAAGAUGCAUCUCCACAACAACGACCUCCUCCGCUCUCCGCCCACCACUCCUCUCUCCGAACCCGACCUCUCCUCCUCCUUCCGGGCCCUCUCUCUCGACGACCCGACCCGACCCGACUCCACCUCCCUCCUCUCCGACGAACUCCUCCUCCUGAUUCUCUCCAAGCUCCCGGAAUCGCAGUACCUUCCGAACUCUUUGGUGUGUCGGCGGUGGCUUUAUCUCAACGGCAGGCUGGUGAGGAGGCUGAAGGUGUUGGAUUGGGGGUUUCUGGACUCGGGUCGGGUCUUCGCCCGGUUCCCGAAUCUGGCGGAGGUGGACAUUGUUCAUGCCUGCAUCAGGUCGCCGCGGAGUUCGGGGAUUAUUGUGACGAGGAAGGGACUGUCGGUGCAUUUGGACUCGCUGUUUAGUUCAGAAGGAUUUAUUGAAGAAAUGGAUGUUUUGAAGCAGAGUGUGGUGGACGAUGGGCUGAGAUUGAUAGCUAAUUCGUAUCGGAAUUUGAGGAGGGUUGCGGUGAUAGGCGCCGGGGUGGAUGGGCUGUUGAGUGUGGCGGAGGAGUGUGAGAUGCUGCAGGAGCUGGAGCUGCAUUGCUGUGGGGACAUGGCGCUGAGGGGGGUUAGUGGGUUUAGGAAUUUGCAGAUUGUGAAGCUGAUUGGGUGUGUUGAUGGGUUUUACAGCGCGCAGAUAACGGAUAUUGGGUUGACUAUUUUGGCUCAGGGGUGCAGGAGGUUGGUGAAGCUUGAGCUUUUUGGGUGUGAGGGGAGCUAUGAUGGGAUUAAGGCGAUCGGGCAGUGUUGCCAGAUGCUUGAGGAGUUGAGUUUGAGUGAUCAUAGGAUGGAUGGCGGGUGGUUGGCUGCGUUGCAGUUUUGUGGGAAUUUGAAGACCUUGAGGCUUGAGUCUUGCCGGGGGAUUGACUCGAGCCCUGGCCCGGAUGAGUAUUUGGGGUCUUGUGGGACGAUUGAGGAGUUGCAUUUGCUGCGGUGUCAGGUGCGGGAUAAGGAUGGUAUGAGAGCAUUGUUCUCUGUUUGUGAAGGUGUGAAAGAACUUGUUCUGCGGGAUUGUUGGGGAUUGGUGGAUGAAGUGUUUGGCUUUGCAAAUAUUUGUAGGAGAGUGAAGCUGAUAACCUUGGAAGGAUGCUCACUGUUGACAACAGGAGGUCUGGAAUCAGUACUCCUUCAUUGGAAAGAGCUUCAGGUGCUUAGAGUAGUAUCAUGUAACAAUAUAUCGGACAGUGACAUUACUCCUGCCUUGGCCACCUUAUUUUCUGUUCUUAAAGUGUUGACAUGGCGACCAAAUUCCAGAUCUCUCUUGUCAUCAAGUCUUGCUGGGACUGGAGUGGGAAUGAAAGGUGGUAGGUUUUUCAAGAGACUAAAGUCUUGACUCGGCUGCUUGUUGAUGGGACGAUUGCCUUCAAUUUAAUGAGCAUCCAGAUUAUUUAACUGUCAGGUGUUCAAUGUUGGUCCAUACACUAAAUAGGUAGAUUGUAAAUGAUCGUAUCUUAUUUAGAUGUUCGGCAUUGUGGUGAGUGAGGGUAAUUUGUUUCCUCACUUGCAUCAAGCCUUCGGAAGGGAGUUUGUCAUUGGAAUGACAUUCUAGGCUCUCCUGUUCCCACGUGUGUUUUGAGACCUACCUAUUGGCCGAGUGCAGCAUCA